GCGAGGGGGGGGGCGCGGGCCGCGAUGGCCUCUUCCUGUGCGCGGCUCCGCCUCCCCGCGGCCCAGGGGCUCCGGCAGCCAAGAUGGAGGCGCUGAGCCGAGCCGGCCAAGAGAUGAGCCUCGCGGCCCUGAAGCAGCACGACCCCUACAUCACCAGCAUCGCCGACCUCACGGGCCAGGUCGCGCUCUACACCUUCUGCCCCAAGGCCAACCAGUGGGAGAAGACCGAUAUAGAAGGAACGUUAUUUGUAUAUCGAAGGUCAGCUUCACCUUACCAUGGUUUUACUAUUGUGAAUCGGCUCAAUAUGCACAAUCUAGUUGAGCCAGUGAAUAAAGAUUUGGAGUUUCAGCUUCAUGAACCAUUUCUUCUGUAUAGAAAUGCAAGCUUGUCAAUAUACAGUAUCUGGUUUUAUGACAAGAACGACUGUCACCGCAUAGCUAAGCUCAUGGCCAAUGUGGUGGAAGAGGAGACACGGCGGUCCCAGCAGGCUGCUCGGGACAAGCAGAGCCCCAGCCAGGCCAACGGCUGUAGUGACCACAGGCCCAUCGACAUCCUGGAGAUGCUCAGCAGAGCCAAGGAUGAGUAUGAGAGGAAUCAAAUGGGUGAUUCAAAUAUCUCCAGCCCUGGGCUACAGCCCAUUUCUCAGCUCUCCAAUCUGGGAAGCACCGAGACUUUAGAAGAGAUGCUGCCGGGGUCACAAGAUAAGUCUGCCCCAUCUGGACACAAGCAUCUUACAGUGGAAGAAUUAUUUGGAACCUCUUUGCCAAAGGAACAGCCAAUAAUUGUGGGUCUGGAUUCAGAAGAAGCGGACAAGCUUCCGGGCGAUGCCUCCCAGAAAGAGCCCAGCUCCUUCCUGCCGUUUUCCUUUGAGCAGCCGGGAGGGCCUUCUCAGUCAGAGAACCUGGGUGUCCAUGCUGCUGUCCACCACCAGCUCCAGCCUGACGUCACCACACCGGUGCUAAUCACUCCUGCCUCCAUCGCGCAGUCCAGUGAGAAGCAGGCCCCCAGCUAUACGGUGCCGUUGUGCCCAUUGCUCAGCCCCACGCUGCCUGCAGAAGCUCCUGCUGCCCAGGCUCCCCCCAGUUUACCUCGGAACACCACCCGGAUGCAGGCGGUGAAGACCACACCCAGGCAGAGGUCUCCGCUGCUGGGCCAGCCAGUCCCUGACCUGGGCCACCCCAGUCUGACUGCCGGCCCGAGCCCCUUCAGGACCCCCCUGGGUGUGACCAAUGCGGCUGGGCCGUGCCUGCCGAGUGUUGAUCUUCUCCAGAAACUCAGGUUGACCCCACAGCAUGACCAAAUACAGACACAGCCGCUUGCGAAAGGCGCAGUGGUGCCCGGCUUCUCGGCGUCGGCCAGCCAGCUGGCCACUCCUGAGAGCUUCAUCGAGCCCUCAUCGAAGACGGCGGCAGCCAGAGUGGUGGCCUCGGCCUCUUUGGGCAGCGUGGCGCUCACUCCCCUUCAGACUAUGCAGCAAAACCAGGAUCCUGAAGUCUUUGCCCAGUCUAAGGUGUUACCCAGUGCCAUGCCGGUUGCAGGUCCUCCACUGGCUACUGCAGCAACCACAGCAGUGUCUUCAGUCCUGCUGUCUCCCAGCGUUUUCCAGCAGACAGCUCCCAGGGCCACUGACCUUGAACGGAAAGCAAGUUCCCCUUCUCCCCUCACUGUCGGGACUCCGGAGAACCCGAGGAAGCCUCCCCUUAUCCUCAGCAAGUCACAGCUCCAGGACACGCUGAUACACCUGAUCAAGAAUGACUCCGGCUUCCUCAGUACCCUCCACGAAGUCUACUUACAGGUUCUGACCAAGAAUAAAGACAACCCCCUCAACCUAUGACUGGAGCCGGAGUGACACGAAGGCGGACUGGCGACCUCAGAAACAGACAGGCCUCAUCCUGGAAGCUUCUAAGCCGAACAUUGAGUUUUGAGAUUCCUGACAUUGAGCCUGUGAGAUAGACACUCGUCCCUUACGAAUGUUUUCCAAGUGACGUUCUCAGUGAUCAUGGAGGUUUCACUGUGAAGCAUCACCAGCAGACCUUUGUUUUGGCAGAAUCAAAAAUGGGCCGUUGCGUUGUGUGGGUGUUUUUAUCAGCUGUACACGAGUAUGUGAAAUGAGUCUGGUUUUCCCACUUCCUUCCACUUUCCAGAUCUUAGGAAAGAGUAGUCACCAGCCUUGCAGUAGUUAGGUUUCGGGCCAGCCACACCCCUCCCCACCUCCCGCCCCGGGGCGUCAGGCCCACGGUAAAGUUCUGAAUGAGGUUCUGAACAGAGAGAAGUGGGCACUGUGCAAGGAGCUGCCAGUGUUCAGGGUCAGAGUGAAAGCCAGCAAAUCGGAAACGAUCUUUGCAGGUGGCGUCUGUUUUUUAUGCGUGCCCAUUGGGCCUUAAAAGUUCUGGAAUUUCUUCCUUGUGUUUUGUUUUUAAGUGUUGCCAGCGCUGCAGCGCAGCACAGCAGACGCCGCCCUGGUCGUGCCCGUUAGCGCAUCCCUGCGAGCUUGUGCAGGCUCGGAGCGGGCAGUCAGAAUAGACGCGCAGGCUGGCUCCUGAAGCCUGGACACGAUCAGGAACCUGCACUUGACACUCGGGUAGUUUUGGACAUGUUACAUUUUGGUGUGGCGCAUGGCCUUAUUUUCCUUUCUCUCUAAACACAGAAGUCGUUGAUUGUUUUCCUUCAGCUUUCCUUCAGGCUUUUCUGACAGAAGGGACCAGUGGACCAAUCUGGACAAAGCCAUUCUGGUUCCAUUCGCUAAGUCUACUGAGAAUAGUUUUAGAGCUAUGCAGAAAAGGGAGCUAUUUCACACUGCCCUUAAUUGUGGGAGAUGGAAUCAAAAACAGAAGGGAAAUUCAGAACUUUACCAGUGUACCCUAGGCUGUGAGUACUUUUUUAGCCCCAGGUGUGAAAAUAUGUAAAGAUGCUUCGUUAUGCUGCUAUUGAUCCGCCAUGGUUUAUAUUUAUUCUUUUAUGGCAUGUAAUGGUGAUUAGUAAUAUUUUAAUGUAGAUUUUGAGUUAUUUCUGUAAUGGUAAUUUUAAGAUAAUUCUUUGAAUGAAAGUGUCUUCGUUUCUAUGAUACAGGUCAUUUUGUAGUAUUUAACCAAUUAAGAUGCACUGCUUACUUUUCUGAGCACUAUUUAAUGAUGGGGUAAAAACCCAAUUGGCUCAACCAGCUAGCGUAAGAAUUAGCUGUGAAUAAUGCUGACAGAUAUGGUGGUUCCUUGGGAACAAUCAUUUAAGCUUUAAUGGUAACUCAAUCAUAAGUCCAUAGAUUUUUUUUUUCCUAGCUAAAAUUUUUUAAAGAAUACUUGUGAAUUAUACUCAUUUUAGUUUGGUCUUUAGUGUAAGGAAUCCUUUGCUUGAUUGGCUCUUUUAAUCUAAACGUGCUUCCUUGACUUUCCUGCUUCUCAGUCCCAUGUUUCCUAUUGCUGUCUGCCUAGUAAUGUGUAAAUUGUGCACAGGUCAGGGAAGCUUACAAGUUUUCAUGCUCACUAGGAUUAGUUUUUAAAGGUGGUGUGGAAAAUUCAGCAACCAAAAAUGACUUGCUCAUGCAUCCCCGGGAAAGCUGCCAAAGGUCAGGAGUGCCGCUGACCCCAGGCAGUGGGUGGGAGCCCUUUGACUGGCCCCGGGGAGAGGCCGGACCAGGUGGGGUGAUCACACCCAAAGUGUAGUCUCGUGGGCUUGGGUGAGUGGAAGAAUCAAGGGAUUCUUGUUACAGUAGACAUUUAAAUGAUAUUGAGUGUGUAUAAUAUUAUGAGCGUUUAAAGCAAAUACCCUAACAAGGGUCUGUAAUCAAAUCUGUUACUUUCCAGUCUUCAGUUCCAGGAGUGAAUAAUGCAGGAUGAUAAAGAGGAUCUAUGAUAAGGUUGGCUCAGUGUGAGAGUAAAUUCUUAAGUGCCCGAGUCAUGGAGAUUUGAAAAGGGUAACCUGGUUUCAGCUCCCAAGUUUUUAUAUUCAAACCAUUCACUUCAAAUUCAGAAGCCCAAGUUCACCAUCGUCAUUCCUGGAUGUUCAGGCUCAGAGUCAGGCCAACCUUGGUCAAUUGCAGUUGGAUUAACCCUGGCCCAGUAGUCACAGUUCAGUUGCCUUAUUCCUCAUUCAGGCUUACUCUCCAGAACCUCAUGCUAGCACAGGUUGCAUGUUUACAUUGCUGCAGUGUCUUUACUGUGACCUUAAUUUGAAAUCUUAGUUGAAUCAGAAUGGACACCCAAACAGAGCUGCUUCUUGCUGAGUCCUGCAGAGCUUCAGGGGCCUGCUUAGGCCACCGCACACCCCUUCCGCACCCCCUAAGCAGGUGGUCCUGUGCUUCUUUUCUUGUAGUUUCUGGGCUGCACCCAGAUUGGAUGCCUGCACCUCCUUGUUCCUUUGCAGCACAAGCUCCUCCUCACUCUGGGGCUUUCCUGAGUGAGCUGGAACUUUGGACCCAGAGUUGCAGUGUAACUCUCAGGCUCAGGAGAAGCUCUGGGGCCACGGCCAUCCCAUCGCAGGGGCUGGGGGGGAUAUUUUGAGAAGAAGCCAAGUUGACCUGGAUUCUUCUCCACCAGAGAGCGCACAGGCCUGGUUUAGAAAAUGUCUGGCCAGAUUUCGCAUGUCAAGCCUUUGUUCCUUUUCUGCCGAUGUUCCCUUGUAAAAGUCACUGAAUCCUCUACUAGGUAUAUACGUUUAAACCAUGCAGCUUUAUUACUCUCCUCCCCCAAAGAAUGUAGUUUGAAAUUUUCUCAUUUUGAUAGUAGAGGCCAUAACUGCCAUUGUAUUACUAAUAAUGCAACAUGAAAUUGAAGGUGCCUAACUGCUUAUAACACAAAAUCAGCCAUCAUAUCUGUAACUCUUGUCACAAUGGAGAAACACGGAGGAGCAAGCGGGCACACGGGCAUGGUGGGGUCAGUCCAUGUAAGUGAAGACAAGGAACCACGGGACCCCGUGUCCUGCGUUCUUGCUGCACAUUUGCUGCUGAGCACGAUUUUUGCUUACCUGUCUCGGUAGUCUUGGGUUGUAUUCAAAGUACCUUCUGGAGCCAACAGUGCCCUGUGUUGUCAGGUGUCUAAAGUUUUAAGACCUGAACCAAGUCAAACAACUCACCCCAGAAGGCUGUGCUUGGGAACAUUUCCCUUCAGCCGGGGCUCGAGGAGCCUGUUUCUCAGCCACUCCAGCAGGAGAGGUGUGUGCAAUGUUCCAUUCGGUGUUGUAUUUCACGUCUUCGCUUGAAACGCUAAGAUGAUGCAAUAUUGUUCACUUUGAAUGGGGAAAAUGCAAGGUUGUGUUUCCCUUUUAUCUGUGUGAUUCCUUAAGAAAGUGUUUUUUAACUAUGUGUUCUAAAUGGUUUUCUAGUCUGUAUUUCUGCUUUGGCAUUGUGGUUCUCAUGACUUUCGUUGUGCCAGAUUCUCAGCUCCCUGGAAGGGAGGCCGAGAAGACCUGGAAUUGCAGCAAGAUUUUUGUUCCACAAGCGCAAUACUGCAUCACUAACAUUUUUAACGGUAUGAAUUUUAUACCAUCUGUGUAUGUUUGCAAAUAUUAAGUUAUUACAUGUUUUCAAAUGAGCAUUUUUCAUCCUAAAUUUUAUAUGUUUGCAAAUAUAUUUUUUUAAUAAAAGUUCAAAACCAACUUUUAGCACCU